UUAUUUCCGAGGACUUUUUUCGUCGGUAUGUCGUCGGAAUAGCGUUAUUCCGACGACAUACCAACGAUUUUUUCCCUCAGUAUGUCGCUGUUUUCUUGUAGUGUCGUAUAUAUGUGUGCUAAGUUUUGGUAGACGUACAGAACUUGAUUAAAUGAGGUUUUGUUGUGCCAAUUCUUUAGGUUGUGUAUCCAAGACCAGGUCCUAGAUAUGUAAGAAUGUAAUUUAGUGUCAUUUUUGUAGAUAGUUGUGCGAAUAAUUGGUGUUAAAAAAAAAAAUAAUAAUAAUAAUUGGUGUUUAGUGUCACACUGUGCGUAAGAGAGUGGGUGUUUGUUUCUGUUACGUACCAUAUAUGCAUGCAAACCUCAAAACCUAAGGUAUUGGAUAUAAGAUGGAUAGCACAAAUGGCACCCAAAAAAGAUGGACAAUAAAUAUAUAUAUUUGCCAAAAUUUUGAAUUUCAUACAAUGAAAUGUUUGUAGAAUUUUACAAGAGAGUUGAGAUCAGUUAGGUUCAACCAAGGCAAAAAAAUACUUAAAACAAGGUUGAGCCUAAGAUUUUACAGCCUAGUUUAACAAAUUAAUAAAAUGAUGGAAUAGCAAAUUUUUGAAAAAUAAAUAAAAGAAUCUAAGGUUUAUUCUCUAAAAUAGGUCGAUAUUGACUCUACUGUCCAAGUGCAUACCCCUUGAUACAAUGUCAUAUCGUUAUCACGAAAAAAGUUUAUAUAUCCUGUUGGAGCUAUGCUCACAGUUUUUUGUUAUUAUAUAAUGAUUUUUUUUGUCAAAACGGUUUUCUAUUGAUUACAAACGAUAAUAACGAAUGGCCAAAGUUUGAUCGUUUUGGCAAAUAAACUCUUAUGACUGUGUUUUACUAAAAAUAUAUAUACCAAGAUGCCAUAAUGAGGUGGAGAACUAUCUGAAAUAUCCCAAAAAGAAUAGCUCCCAACGAUUACAAUAUAUCUUGAGACUUACUUUUUUUUUUUUUGCCACAGAGGAAAUUAUUUUAACAAAAAAAAUAAUUGAAUACAUUUCCUCUGUUGCAAAAUUUUGAAAAAGUGUAUUUAAACAAGAUAACUAUUAAACUAUGAAAACAAUUUCAUAAAAUUGUUGAUCUUUCUUCACUUCAAAAAUAUUUUUCAAGCAUUUGAUAAGAUUAAUCCAGAUAGAUUGUUUUGUUGAAAUUAAUACUGAUGGUUCCUUUUUAUCAGCGUGAGGUGUAUACACCAUACCAUCUGACUACUUUUGACAAUAAUAGAUUGUUUUGGAGAAUAAUUUCCCACAAAUUCACCUUCAAAAGUUUCCAACAAAUAUCAUGAGUUUGGAUUCUUAAUACAAAGUAUACAACUAUGAUUUGAGCUACAAACUUAAAAUUGUCUCUUUUCAAACAAUUUAUGGUACUUGCAUGGAGACAAGGCUUUUAAUUUUGUAAGAAUGUAUAUUCGAAUUGAAUCAUUCUAGGAUAAGUCUGCAUUUUGAGAACUGGAUAUGUGAUACUCAUAGAAAAACUUAGAAGAUAAUUUAUUUUAUUUUUUUUGGCAAAAAAAGUGUUUUUCACUUUUUACCAGAAAUCCAAGCAUCGUAAAUAUUCUCUCCCAGCGCAAAUCGAAUCCGAGUGGCAGAAGUUAUAGCCGCAAUCUUUUUACCACCAGAGAUGAAUCAUUCUGAUUAGAAGAUAAUUUUUUCGGUCAACUUCUUAAGAAGAUGGUUAGGAAUAGUGUUUUAGAACGUAGUUAAGAAUAGUGUAAGAGGAUAUGUACCAGACUAAUAAAUUGUUAUGUAAAGAUUUGGGUUUUAAAGUAAAAUCAAUUGAGUGGGAUGCAUGAGCCUACAGUGGUGGACCAUUGAAUUAUUAUUGGCUUAUAACGCAACUUGAGGAUACAAUAAUAACAUCUAGCAAGAGCGAAGGGAGACGGGUGCAUGAACACUCUUUCUCUUAAAUUUUAUUUGUUUUUGUAAUAUAUGUAAUUUUCUUUUUGCCCGGGCCUGCUAGCGUCGACGGUGAACCAAUUUAAUUUGGUAAUAUUAAAAUGUAGGUUAGAAAGUCCUUUAUUUUUCCUCUCGACCAAGAAAACUCAGACAUACAAUGCUAUCAGUAUUUACGGUCCCUACUAAUUAAAUAACUUUAAUGAAAGGAAGGUAAAUUGUUUGAUUGGGAAAUUAUUAAAUUCCAGCAAAUAAAGUAGUUGGUUUCAAUCAUCUACAAUAAUGGUUCAACUUGCAGAAGGAAAAAUGAUGGAUAAUUUUAAAAAUAACUUGUUUGAUCAAAAAAAAAAGAUUUUAAAAAUAACAAUAAUAUUUUUGGUGUUUUCAAGCUACAAAUUUUUGUUGCUUUCUUGAUUUGUUUACCGAAAUUAUGAAAAAUAUUGUCUUAGUUUAUUUGAGUUUGAUAGCCACUUAAGAUUUUUGUGUUGAUGUAUGAUUUAGAACACUGAUAAAUGCAUGUUCUCAUCUCGAUAAAACUAUGAAGACAUAAAAUUGAUAUCUAUAUAACUCUUUGAAGUAUAAAAUUUUCUUGUGUUUAUGUCCAACCAUCAAUAGUAUUAUGUGUUAUGCAUAAAAAUUCUCUCUUAAUUAAAUAAAAUUGAACUAGUAAAUUUUAAGAACUCCAAGUUAAAUACCACUAAAUUAGUACACCAUAAACAUUAUAGUUUGGAAAUACGUAUAUGUUAGAAUUAAUUUUAUAGAAAAUAGCUGAUAAUCAGUCGGUCAAACCCACUUAUCUAUUAGUUUUGGAACAUAUAUAUAUAUAUAUAUAUACAUGCAUGGUUUUUGAAUAAUGGUUUAAGGAUUCAAAUGAACCUUUUUAUGGAUCUCUUCUCCUUUUUAUAUUUCUAUCUUUCGUCGUAUAUUAGUGAUUUUCGUUUAUCAUUUUAUAGUCAAAUUCAUUUUUGGUUACGUUCGUCUAAAUUUAGUGAGCGUUUAAAUUAAUAUAAGUAAGUAUUUUACAAAAUUAUAUAUAUUCCAAAAUCUACACUACAAGUAGAGAUAAAAUGAAAGCAUUGUGAGUUUAUAUGGGGUUGUCAAUUACGUAUAGCAAUUUGAGUUUUUUAAUUAGUCCUGAGAAUCUUUCUUUUCAUGCUCGACUUGAAUUCCUCAUCUGGAAAGCAAGAAAGUGCAUGCACCUUCAAUUCCAUCACGUGUCUAUUUAUUUGGGCAUGAUUUAGUCGCCAGCCACGCGAAAAAAUUGGAAGCUUGUUUCUUAUUUUUAUUUACCUCUUUUAUAUAUUAUGAUAUAAGUGGAAAGUAUGCAGUGAUAAACAACAAUAAAUGAAACAUCGUUAGCCGUUGGUGGCCAUAAAUAAUUUGAAGUGGGGAUACAUGGUUAUGACCGUAUCGAAUGAAUCCCAGCUACGUCAUAUCUAUAUCUGGUUUAACAUAUAAAAAAAUCAACUGAUUGACUAUUAUUAUAUCUAAAUUGUGCAUCAAAAUUAGGCAAGUAGCUAGCAAUAUAAUUUAUUAGGCUUUAACAUUAGCCAAUUAAAAACUCUCAAAGAGUGUUACGGUUCUUCCCCUCCAAUUCGUUGUUCCAGUGAGACACAAGACAAAACAAUAACAUGGUGAUAGCGGCUUUUUCUAAAGAAACUAGUAUGAUACUUUUUGUAAAACAACUAACCAUAUUAAAAGAUGGAGUGAUACGCCACAUCAUAAUAUAAUCUACCAAAAUGAAAAACAUAAGUGAAGAGAAAGAAAAUCGAGCAAAUUUUUUUAUUAGUAACUAAUUAAUCACAAAAACUCAGAUAGUUUUCAUCAAAAUAUUUUAAAUUUUGAAAGUAACCAUAUCAUAGCUUGCUUAAAGUUUUUUUUUUAAGUUGUUGCACAUGCAGGGCCAAAACAACAAAGUAAUGCACAUGAUGGACUCUCUCUCUCUCUUUAAACCCAAAGGCCCUAUAAUUAACAGGUUGCCACAAAACUGGACUUUCCUCUUUUAAUUGUUUUUUCAUAAAGUCUAAACCCUCUGUCUCUCCCGGAGUGUCUUCGCUAGUUUGUCUCUAUGCCUUCUUAAUAAACUAAAGUCGUGUCUUUACCGACAACCUUAGAUUCUUACAUGAAUGCUCUGACCACCGUCUCUAGCCUCCGACGUUGCUCAACUUCACUUCUCGAAAACCUCCCUAUUCUGCAGCUAAUCAAGCAAUGCUCAUCCCCCAAGCUCUUAGACUCAGCUCUAGCCGCAAUGGUCAAAACCAGCCAAAACCAAGACUGUUUCUUUAUGAACCAGUUCAUCACUGCCUGCACUUCCUUCAAUCGCAUCGAUCUCGCUCUCUCCUCCAUGACCCAGAUGCAGGAACCCAACGUCUUCGUCUACAACGCGUUGAUCAAAGGCUUCCUCACUUGCUCUCUCCCGAUUCGAUCUCUCGAACUCUACGUCCGUAUGCUCAGAGACUCUGUCUCUCCGUCGAGCUACACUUACUCUUCUCUCGUAAAGGCGUCUCUUUUCGAUCGUGUGGUUGGUGAAUCGGUUCACGCGCAUAUCUGGAAGUUUGGGUUUUGCUUCCAUGUUCAAAUUCAGACGACUCUGAUCGUGUUUUACUCGGGAUUGGGUAGAAUUGAGGAAGCACGGAAGGUGUUCGAUGAAAUGCCUGAGAGAGAUGAGUUUACUUGGACUACUAUGGUUUCUGCUUAUGUUAGAGACUUUGAUAUGGACUCUGCGAAUGCGUUAGCUAACCGGAUGUCUGAGAAGAAUGUUGCCACGUGGAACUGUUUGAUUGAUGGGUAUAUGAGAUUAGGUAACGUGGAAGUAGCUGAGUCAUUGUUUGAUCAGAUGCCUGUGAAGGAUAUAAUCACAUGGACGAGUAUGAUCAAAGGCUACUCGUUUAACAAGAGGUAUAGAGAAGCGAUCUCAGUGUUCUAUAAAAUGACUGAGAAAGGUAAAGGGAUUGUUCCUGAUGAAGUGACUAUGUCGACUGUUAUCUCCGCUUGUGCGCAUCUAGGAGUGGUGGAGAUAGGUAAAGAGGUUCAUAUGUACACGGUGCAGAACGGGUUUGUUCUUGAUGUCUACAUUGGCUCAGCAUUGGUGGAUAUGUAUUCCAAAUGCGGCUGCUUGAACCGAGCGCUUCUUGUGUUCUUUAAUUUGCCUGAAAAGAAUCUGUUCUGUUGGAAUGCAAUCAUCGAAGGGUUAGCGGCUCAUGGUUAUGCACGAGAAGCACUGAGAAUGCUUGAGAAGAUGGAGGUGGAGUUGAUCAAACCUAACGCAGUCACUUUCGUUAGUGUUUUAACCGCUUGUACUCACGCUGGUCUUGUAGAAGAAGGGCAGAAAGUAUACCGUAGCAUGAGUAGUGAUUACUCCAUUGUCUCUAACAUUGAACACUACGGAUGCAUGGUUGCUUUAUUAAGCAAAGCCGGGUUGAUUCAAGAGGCUCUAGAGUUGAUUGAAAGUAUGGAGUUUGAACCAAAUGCUGUUAUCUGGGGGGCGUUGCUUGAUGGGUGCAGGCUUCACAAGAACUUAGAGAUAGCUGAGGUAGCGUUUAAGAGACUGAUGGUUUUGGAGCCGAGGAACAGUGGGUACUAUUCACUUUUAAUUAGCAUGUAUGCUGGAGAAAACAAGUGGAGAGAUGUCGCAGAGGUGAGAGGAAGGAUGAGAGGGUUGGGUAUAGAAAAGUUAUGUCCAGGGACAAGUUGGAUUGAGUUGGAUAAACGAGUUCAUAUGUUUGCUGCAGCUGAUAAGUCUCACUCUGCUUCAAAUGAGGUUUACUCGUUGCUUGAUGAGGUAUUUGAACAGAUGGGAUUAGCUGGAUACAUGCAGGAAUCUGAAGGUGUAUAUUAGGAGUUACUAGAAGCUACUCAUUGUACUUCAUCACCAGAUGUUCAUCAAAUUGAUGUUUUUAGUGUAGAAACCCAGAUCUUCACAGUUCACCAUUCAUCAGAGCCUUGGUUCCGUAGAAUAGCCACCCGAGAAAAGUCAAAUAUAUGUUAGCCGCGUAACACAAAGUCAAAGCCCAAGACAUAAUGACAUAUCAAAACAAACUAAAAUUUAAUAAGCUGUCUUUUUUCUCACUGUCGUAAUGUAUUUGUGAGUUACGAAUUUCUUUGAAAUUUCAUAUACUGAUUCAUGUAUAUUUAAUGUUACAUACUCACACCUACAAGUGUAUGUCUUCGUUUUUCUGGUGGAGUCUAUGAGAGUAAAGACUGAAUCAAACUAGUGAAUUGAAUAUUUUUAAUCUA